AAGAAAGCACUUUUUGUUUGGAAUACACCUUUCUGUCUUUACAUGCUUGAACAGAUGGUGAUAUCUGGGAAAAUAUUUUAGCUUUAACCAACAUAGUAGGUUGUAAACAAAUAAACAAACAAACAAACAAACAAUGUUCCUGACAGCGCAGCCUCCUGGACCGGAGACACACGGUGUCAUUUUCUUCUUCUUCUUCUUCCUUCUCUGUCUUUCCUCCUCAGAGGUAUUUGUGGCUUCCCUCCUCCUGCUUUGAUCCUCACUCUGCUCGGCUCUCCUCCACUCAGCUGACAUUAAAAUAAAGAGUUAAUGUGCGCAGUCACGGACAGAAACAUGGAGCCAGCCGCGGAGAGCUUUCUGUGCGUAAAGCUUCGAGCCUGGCGGUGAUGUGAUCAGAGAGGAGCCAGACGAGGAAGUCUGGAGGAGGGACCAGCGGCAGUGGCGUGGUCCCAGCACAGGAAAAAAAAAAAGGAGUUUCUACUGGAUUCUCCUGACGCCUGCAGCUGCUACGGAACCGGAGGAUCUGUGCAGUCCGGCUCUUCUCUCUGUACCAGCAGCAGUAAUGUGCGCUGAGGACGUUAGAGGCGCGUAGGUUCUGAUCCGCUGUCGGUUUGACAAACUUUCAAACACACCUCUGCUGUCAAUGUGAGCGCAGGUAGAGCCGAGGAUCCCGGAAGAACUCGUUGUGCAGGUUACCAGCUUGUUUGCAUAGCAGCCUGCGCGUUUGUCCCGCAGCGAGCCGCCGCAGAUGGACUCUGAGUCCAACCAGUAGAACUUCUGUCCAGAGUUUUAUUAUUAUUGUAAAAGGAAGGAAGUGAACGGAGAAGAGGAAGAAGAAGAGGACAAAAUGAAGGAUCUGAGGAAGAAGAAGCUGUUCGUGGUGAUGGAUGUGCUGUGCGUCUUGGUCGCGGCGCUGCCCUUCAUCAUCAUGACCAUCGUGUUCAAACCCUACCAGAGGGGCAUUUACUGCGACGACGAGAGCAUCAAGUACCCUCUGAGACCAGACACCAUCACUCACGGCAUGCUGGCCGCCGUCACCAUCUCCUGCACCGUCAUCAUCAUUUCCUCUGGAGAGGCUUAUCUGGUCUACAGCAAGAGGAUUUACUCCAACUCCGACUUCAACCAGUACGUCGCUGCUCUCUACAAGGUGGUCGGCACCUUCCUGUUCGGAGCAGCCGUCAGCCAGUCGCUCACCGACCUCGCCAAGUUCACCAUCGGCCGCCCGAGACCCAACUUCAUGUCCGUCUGCUCCCCGAAGGUGUGCACGGGCUACAUGCAGGUGAUCAACUGCACCGGCAGGCCUCAGGACGUCACCGAGUCCAGGUUGUCCUUCUACUCGGGACACUCCUCCUUUGGGAUGUACUGCAUGCUCUUCCUGGCGCUCUACGUGCAGGCCAGACUGGCGGCUAAGUGGGCCAGACUCCUCCGGCCCACCAUCCAGUUCUUCCUGGUGGCCUUCGCGGUCUACGUGGGUUACACCCGAGUCUCUGAUUACAAGCACCACUGGAGCGACGUGCUGGUGGGGCUGCUGCAGGGCGCGCUGGUCGCCGUGCUCAAUGUGCGCCUGGUGUCGGAUUUCUUUAAGAAGCGUCCUCCACGCUGCGUGAGGUCCGACGCGGCCGACAGCGAGGAGCCGGAGAGGAAGCCCAGCCUUCAGAUCGCAGACUCGGAGCACAGCAACCAUUACAACUACCACCACAGUCCCGGCACUGUGUGACGGGGGACUGACGCUCGGGGCACAAAGGCCUGCAGACACCACAAACCUGUGUGACAAUCCAGCAGCUUCACCUCCCGACGGAGCAGCCGGCGCUGUUUAGUUAACCUGGGUCAUCUGCGGUCCCGAUCUGCAGGCUGCCCUCGAACUUUAGUGAGUUCAGCAAUCGGCCUUUUGUAUUUCUGUUUGAAAGGAGCAACAGCUCAGGCGGGGCUCUGGUCUGUAGCUUCAGUCCCUCCCUCUGUUCAACCACUCACCUGCCCCCCACCUGCUCCACUGGACUGACUGAGGGGGGCCCGGUGCCCUCACCCCCCUCAGAGACGCCAUGAUGACCUCCUGUCCUCCUGUAGGAGAGGAAGGAGAACGCUGUUUUAUAAAGACAUCGUUAUUGAUGUCAAAGUGUGUGUGGUUAAAGCUGCAUUAAGCGACAGACUCCAAACCGGCUGCAGCAGAACCACGACCUGGUUCUGCCUUCCAGAACCAACAAGCUGGACGUCCCGACGUUAGAAGUUCUCUGCAACCAUCUGACAUUCAGUCUCCUUAAUUCAACAUCUAGUGAGAAAAAAGCCUUCUGCCUGAGUUUAGUUUAGUUUUUUUUUACAUAAAUGAGAUGUGAAGGUGGUUCAGUUUCAGCCAUGUGGAUGAAAACAGCCACACAGUGACGUCUGGGGUCAACAGGACAACUUCAGUUUGGGGAAUUAGCGUUUUCUCUUCAAUCAAAUGUAUUUUUAAUUAGCAGUCUGAGAGUCUUUGGGCGUGUUAACGUAGAGGAGGAGGCGUGAAAUCCUGAACUGAAAGUGAAAAUAAUGAAGUUAUGGAGCCGGUUUCAUCCAGUUACCUCGACGGAAAUUUAGCUUUAAUUCAACUGAUGCUAAAAUUUGACCUUAAACUAUGAACAACAUUAAGUUGAUUCAGUUUCCUUCAUUAUGAUGUGAACACACGCAGUCAGAACAAUGUGUGCAGCUCACAGGAUGAAUUAGACGUUUUCUCUUAACCUGGCAGCCAUGCAUUUAAUUAAGGGAUGCAAAUCGCUCUGUUGAGUUUCCUUUCCGGGUGCAGAACAGCCUACAGCUGCAUGCUAGUCCACAGUAGCAGCUGGUCAUAUGUUGUUAGUCACAUAUCGCUUAAUGGAGCUUUAACGUUUUUAAUGUGUGUGUUUUUUUAUGAUUUCUUCGCUGUAGUUUACCGACUGGUCAGCAGUGAUUACAGAAGCGGUGAGGAUGUUUGUGGAGGCUGGUGAAGUGAUUGGUUUCAUUCUAGAGCACCUUAAGACUGGAAGCCUCACGAGCUGGAAGUCAGCCGCCGAUCAGCUGACAAACCAGAACGCUGAGUCACGUCUUUCCACACCAACAGGUCUACUGACAGCCUGCUUUAAAGCGACGCUACAGGUCUGGUGAUCCCGGUGACUCACUGCUUUGAAUAACUCUGAUACCAGCUGCUUCCUAUAAGCGACUGUCACUGAUUCCGGGCAGCGCCAACUUUCAGCCUUUGUGUCCAAACUGGCUCAACAACAGCAACGCUUUUAACAUAAAUGUAAUGAUGGAGGUGAUGUAUGUUCAGCCUGUGUGAAGAGGACUGCAGAGGCAGAAACCAUGGAUCCAAACAGCUUCAGAGUUCUGCUGGACCCGGUGUGUCAUACCACUACGAUAAGGCCAAUCCUAUUACCUUCACUUUUAUUGUAAUGUUUUAUUUCACAGAUAAUAAUCAAAGAAGGAAGAGACAACCAUUUUGAAAAUGGUGUUUAAUUUAUUUUAAAUACAAAAAAAAAAGCCCUGUUAUUGACUUGUACGAGGCUGCAAAGCUCUGUUAAGGUGUUUUUUGUGCAAUCAGCCCUGCUUGCCACUAUGAGCCACAGAUACUGUAUCUCCUGAUGCUAUGAGACGUGUUUCGUGAAGGAUGUGUGUACAUAGAUAUAUAAAUGUUUUUAUUUCACGUGUAGGUAAGGUUUAGCUUCACCUGGACGGCGUGCUCUGGCCCGUGCCACACAGCCGGGUCCGGUUCCAGGUUGUGACCAUCAGCCAGACGCCUCAGCAGGCUUUUUAAAGGCUGUUGUAAUGAUAGAGAGUUACACACACCGGCUGGCAGCACGGCUUCAAAGACUGAUCCGUGUUCCUUCCCGUGUUGAUAGAUGGGUUAAUGUGUGCAGCGUGUUCUCCUGUACAGGUCAUGUAGAGCAAGCAGAGCCCUGCAGGACCGACAGUACAUCAGACGGACCACAAACUCGAUAACGAAGGGGUUAGGAGGAAACCGGGGGGACGGACGAGGGAAUCUCACCUGGUAGUGAUUGUGAGGCUCCAGAGCUGAGCCGGGACUAAAGGCGGCGGCGCACUUAAAGGGGCGGAGUGGGCUAUCCCACGGCGAGCUGAGCUCCUGAGGGACCUCCACACAUUUGAAACACACGUUUACAACCAGAACCAGCUGGUUGCAGUGAAGCUCCUCCCCGACCCGCUGCAGUCGGACCAACGGCACAAAUGAGGAAACAGAAAUGUUCAUGAUUCCUCCCUCUGAACCCGUCUUUGGAAAUCCAAGGUUCUCAGCUGUUGUUGUGGCUCCACGUGUUGUUUUAAAGCUUUUAUCGGGUCAGAGCCUUCCAACGGCUGCUUUCUGUGUUUUUAAUGCGUCACCUUGUGGCUGUGGUUCAUGUCCAGUGUGUGUGUGUGCUUUGUUCAGCCUAUAGAUUCUGUCUAUAGCUUCAACCAGAGGAUUUUAAAUAAAGAUGUAAUCCACA